GUAAUUGCUGAGUUUUCUUUCAAUGCUGUGGUGGGCUUUGCUGCUAUUUUUUGUGAAGACAAUAUAUACUCGUUUAUUUUGUUCAGUUAACGGCGCUUGUUAAUCGCACUCAACACGACUUUUUGUCUCUGUAUUUUGCGUUCUUUUAACAGUUGCAAGAAAGUCCCGAUUCGGCAAUUUCUUUAGGAAGUUAACUUCUUUUAAGACCACUGCCAUGCAGGUUUGAGACGGUGAAGCUAUCUCAACCAGGGGCAUAAUGUUUACUUCUGUUUCAGCUGACAUCUUGAUAACGUAUCUUCCAUAAGGAAUAAACGAGGCUAAAAGUGAGCCACGGAAUCAAUGCUUUGGAUUCAAAAUACUUUCUCUUGCUUUCCUCAUUCUUGGCUCUGGAGCGUGUUUACUUUCUGUGCUAUUUUACUGUAUCACUUGUGGUGCUCUAAAGAAAUUCCUGUCUCAACAAGUCUUAACCAGUGGUGCUGAUGAUCAAGACAAGAGUAAGGACAAGGACGAGUACGAGUACGAGGAUAAGGACGAAGACGAGGAAGAGGAAGGGGAAGAGGAAGAGGAAGAGGAAGAGGAAGAGGAAGAGGAAGAGGAAGAGGAAGAGGAAGAGGAAGAGGAAGAGGAAGAGGAAGAGGAAGAGGAAGAGGUAGAGGAAGGGGAAGAGGAAGAGGAAGGGGAAGAGGAAGAGGAAGAGGGCGAAGACGAGGACGAGGACGAGGACGAGGACGAGGACGAGGAAGAGGACGAGGACGAGGAAGAGGACGAGGACGAGGAAGAGGACGAGGACGAGGAAGAGGACGAGUACAAGGACGAGGACGAAGACGAGAACAAGGACGAGAAGGACGACGAAGGCGAGGACGAGGACGAGGAAAAGGACAAGAACAAGAACAAGGACAAAGACAAGGACAAGGAAAAGGAAAAAUACAAAGGAAAGGUCAAGGACGAGGAAAAGGACAAGGAAUAGGAUAAUGACAAUGACAAGGACAAGAAUAAUGGCAAUGACAAUGACAAGGACAUGAACAUGAACAAGGACAACGACAAGGACAGGGAAAAGGAUAAUGACAAGGACAAGGAAAAGGAAAAAAACAAGGACAAGAAAAAAGACAAAGAAAAGAACAAGGACAAGGACAAGGAAAAUAGCAAAGACAAAGACGAGGCCAAUGACAAGGAGCAUGACAAUAAAAAGAACAAGGACAAUGACAAGGGCAAAGACCAUGCCAAUGACCAUGAAAAGGACAUGGCCAAGGAAAAGCACAAGGACAAUGGAAAGGACAGGGACAAGAACAAGGACAAUAACAAGGACAAGGACAAGGACAAGGAAAGGUACAAGGACAAUGACAUUAACAACGACAAGUAAAAAGGACAAGAACAAGGAGAAUAACAAGAAUAAGGACAAGGACCAGAACAAGGAGAAGGACAAGAACAAGGGCAAUGACAAGGACAAGGACGAGGAAAAGCAUAAGGACAAUGACAAUAACAACGACAAGUAAAAAGGACAAGAACAAGGAGAAUAACAAGAAUAAGGACAAGGACCAUCACUAUUACAAGGACAAGAACAAGGGCAAGGACAAAAACAAGGAAAAGGGCAAGAACAAGGACAAGGAUAAGAACAAGAACAAGGACAAGGAUAAGAACAAGAACAAGGAACAGGACAAAAACAAGAACAAGGACAAGGACAAAAACAAGGAUAAGGACGAGGACAAGGACAAGGAAAAUGACAAGGAUAAUGAAAAGAACAAAGACAUGGUCAAUAAAAAG